UUCAUAGGACUUUAAAUCAAUAUUGCCUGAACAAAUAGUCAGCAUUGAAUGAUCACCAGUUUUCCAUUUGUCACAAUAUCUGAUAACAAUAUGCUUGAAUAAAUCCUCCUGUAGAUCUUGAGUACAUUUUAUUUUAUUUAUUUCGCAGAGCUUAUCUUUUCGUUUGGCUCGAUUCCUUACAAAUCGAUUCUAACUUUCAAUAGUGUUAAUUCAAAUCGGUGUUUAUACAAUAUUGCAUGCAUUUUACGCCCUUUAACUUUAUGUUAUAUAUAAUCAAUCAUAAACGCAAUGUAAGCAUAUUAGGUUAAAAUCACCUCGGGAAUUUAUAAUGAUCUUUGAAAUUACUGUUCAGUUAAUGAAUACGGACAUUAAAUAAUUACGAAAAUUUCGGAUGUUCUGGGAUAUUUAGGGAAAAAAUAACUGUUCUUAACACCAUAGUCAAAGAUUGUCAGCAAAAAUGACGUCGAAAAUAGACAUGGUAACGUGUCCAAUUUGUCAGGACAUGUAUAAGAAACCGAAGUAUCUGCCAUGCCUGCACACAUUCUGCGAGUCUUGUUUGGAAGGAUAUAUAAACAAUAUUGCUAAUAUCUGUGCUAAGUUAGACCAACUUCCGGCCUCCAUAUUUGACAACAAACCUUAUGUUUGGACGGGUGAUGGAUUUCCGUGCCCAGUUUGCAGGGCGCAUGUGCAAAUUCAAAGCGAGAAGGUGAAAACCGUUCAACCAACGCGAUGGGCCACGUUAUUUCCCAUAAACCAUCUGGUUCUAAGCAUUAUGGGGUACGACACGAUACCCGUAGAAGACAGUGUUUGUACACCUUGUGAGAAAAUUAACGACCCGAAAGCCGCUGAGCAUUGGUGCCUAGAAUGUUCCGAGGCGCUAUGUCAGCUCUGUGCAAAGCAUCACCAUGUGCUAAAGGCGACAGACACUCAUUCCGUAAUAAAAAUCACUGAACUGAAGAAUCAGCGCGGUCCAAGCAGCCAUGAGGAAGUGACACAAUGUCAUGAACAUCCGGGAUAUCUGCUCGAUAUGUACUGCGUGGAUCAUAACAAAGUCGCCUGCUCCGAGUGCGCACGAGUUUCCCAUAAAGCGUGUGAAACGGUCAUACCGGUCGGAAAAGUUGCCGGAGAAAUAAGAAAUUCUUCCGAAGCUUUGAAGCUACUGGAUAAGCUGAAAGAAUGCAAAGAAGAAACGGAAUGUAUAGUUCUAGACAGAAAACGUACAUCAGAUAAGCUGACAGCGACCAAAGAAAACGUGUUGAAAAAGGUUGCUGAUGUAAGAAAGGACAUUAACAAAGUCUUGGACGAACUUGAAAAUAUUUUCAAAGAAGAUUUAGAGAAUUCUCAUGCUCAAGUAAUAAAUGGACUAGAAGAUCAGAUCGGGAGAUGUCACUUGUUGCAGAAGGCUGUGGACAGUUCAAGGGGAAUCCUACAGGCAGCCAUUGAAUAUGGGACAGACAAUGAGUUAUUUGUCAUCGCACAUAGAAUGGAACGCGAAUUCCAUAAGUACGAAACAGUGCUAGAAAAAGAAGAAAAACAUCUUUGCGACAUAAAUUACGAUUUUGAACAAAACUACGAGAUAGAACAUAUUCUUAUGGCACUUGAUGAAAUUGGUUCCUUGAAAGUUAACAAAACUCCGACAAUUGUUUCGCCAUUUAUUAAGAAACAUGCAACUCCAGGUACCAGAUUUGAUGCAACUUCCGCGAUGGAUGACAGAUGUGCCGAGCUUACAGGUGGCACGUUUCUUCCCGACGACAGGCUUUUGUUGGUAGAUAACGCCAACAGGAAGUUAAAACUUUUUACACCAGAUGGCGACCUCCUUUGCGAAUUUGAACUUAGCUCCGCUCCAUGGGAUAUAACGUGCGUCCCAGGCGGAAUGGCAGCCGUUACACUUCCGGUGGAAAAGAAAGUGAUGUUAGUGUCCGGAAUGAAUGACUGUAUAACACCAGUGGAGCAAUUCUGUACGUCUGGAAAGUGUUAUGGAAUUGCGUAUUCUUAUUACGCGAAGGACCUUGUCGUCGCAUGUGACACGCCUGGAGAUGGCCUGGCAACGGUCAAGGUCAUUUCAUUAGCUGGGGACGAGCUACGCAACAUCGCGAUAGGCGAAAAUGGCCAGAGCAUCAUUUCUCGACCAAGUUAUGUAGCGACAAAUCCAUUUGACGCCGACGUUUACGUUUCCGACGAAUGCAAUAACACCAUUAUUGGAAUAACAACGAACGGAGAAAUAAGAUUCAAACACAGUCAUCCCUACUUGAAACUUCCCGUUGGCAUUGCUGCCGAUAAUCACGGUUGCAUUUACGUGUGUGGGAACGGCUCCUGUGACAUACAUCAAAUGACACGCGACGGACAAAGGAUUCGUCUGCUGACAGACGGCUUGACACACCCUCGCGCGAUUGCGUUCGAUCCCUAUGGCGACCGGUUCUUAGUUACAAGCGACGGCUCGUACAAGAGCACUGUUCAGCUUUACACUUUGUCCUAAUAAAAUUGCACUAGAAGAACGAACAUGUAACUUAUGUGAAUGACUAAACAAUAGCAAACACAUGAGUUUAGUUUUAUAGUUUUUAGUGACACAAAUAGUUCUAUAUUUUUGUAUCAACAUGCUUGUUCUCGAUUGUUCGAAAUUCGCGCGCUUGAUACAUUCUUGUCAUGACACAUCGUGUUGUUUUCUAUUAUUUUUGUUUGAGAUUGUAGUUUGCACUAUAUUUAGAAAGUUUACGAGAUUUGAACCUAGUUUUAAAAUUUUCACAAAUAAAUGAGUGAAAGUAUG